GAGUUCAAUUCAAUUCUGUCUAUCGCUACAAUUCGGUAAGACCCGUCACAAGACGCGGGGUAAGCUUUGUCGACGGAACUCCCGGCCAUGGAGAGUCGCGUUAUUGGAGAGUUCCGUGUAAAGUUUUCAGCUGUGGUGCAUCGGGUCACAUCCCACCAACAGAAGUAUUUGUGCCUGCAUCGGCUGACCAUCCCACGGCGACGCCAUCCCGGCGAGCUCACUUUAUUGCGGCGGUUCCGUUGCCAUGGGAUUGGCCGUCUUCAGUCUCACUGCGAACCGGCUAUGCGGGUGAUGUAGUACGACAGGCAAGAUAUUUAUUGGGGACGAGCUUGGGGCGCUAUGCGAUUCAGUGAGAAUUAAAGUAUUUGCGCUUGGGCCACGCAUCGGUGUCUGUUAGCUUGGCAGAGCGUGCUCAAGACAUGGGGAAAACCUCAUUGACCAAACCCAAUCAAUUGGUAAUGGAUGUCGUUGAAAAAUUGAACUUGGGUUGUACUGGCCUGGAUGCAAUGGCAUGCUCUUCCAAGGAUAAUUCAUUGCAAUCUCAACAAGGCGGAAAAACUGCCAUUGUCGGGGACCAACAGGGCUGACUCAGGCUUGGCGACGUG